AAUUCAACGAUGAACGCACCCUCUCUCACAAUGCCACAGCUGUCAAAACAAAAUAGCGACAUUCAAAGAAGAAGCAGUAAACAAUAAUAGCACGUUUACGCUGCCGAUUCGAUUUUGAGAUGAUUAUUCGAAUUUUUCUACCCGAGACCGUCUAUCGCGUGAAAUCGAUUGAUAGUUCAAAAUAUUAUCACAUUUUUGGGAAAAUCGCCAACGAUUCCUGGAGCGACAAUAUUUCAAUUUUCGUAGUUGACAUUCGCGACCGAGGUGAAAGCGCAACACCGGAUCGACAGUUUGUUGGAACGAUUCUCACAAAAUCCACAAGUGAUACUAAACAUUUUCUCAGUGAUUACGUUUCGUUUAGAGUCGAUGGACACAAAUCAGUAUUAGAAAUAGAAACAAUUCACUUGCCCAAUUUCAUUGCAACCGGCACAAACUUCAAUACACAAAUUCUUCUUUAUGAUUCGCAAACCUUUUCGGAACUGUCCCAUCGCAACGGUGAGCAAAAAUGGUGCCAACGACAGGAUCCAAUAUCACAAUUGCUACUUUUGAUUAAAACCAGAGAAGAUUUCAAGAAACAAGAACAUGUUGAUGUCACGAGAAACGAUACAAGCAGAAAUCGAUUCAUUCCAAUACUGAUAACAUUAUCGAUGUUUUGUGAAACAAAACUCUCGUUCCUCAAUUCGUCAUUCCUUAAACAUUUCCAGUUUUGGACGUCAAACAUUGAAAAACUCACACAUAAUAAUGUAUAUAUUUGGACUAUAAUUUUGGAUGUGAUUGCCGGAAUUGUGACAAUGCUAUGGCUGUGGCGUAUCUCGAAUGCCGACGAGUACCUGAUGCAAUUGACAAUGUUCAUUGUGUCAGAAUUGCAAGGGCUACUGGACGCGCUGAAAGGAAGCCCGGUGGGAUUGAAAUUGAAUGUGGACUUGAAUAAUUUCUUCAUUGAAUGUUUUCGUUAUCACAUUGACUUGUGGGCUACGUUUUUGGUUAUCAUUUCUCCUCUGGUGAAGUAUCUAUUUGCGCCACUCGCAAUUAUUGGCUGUUUUGGGCUAUCAUUUCAGUUAUCUAUGUUAGCGGAUCUCUUGAGCGUAAUCACAUUACACGCACAUUGCAUAUAUACAUACGCAUCGAUUGUACAUAAAAUUGAAAUGAAUGGAUUAGUCGGCGUUUGGCGGGUCGUAUCAGGUCGACGAAAAAACAUUCUGAAAGGCCGGAUUGAGUCAUUUGAAUACACAAAUCCUCAGCUCUAUCUAAGCACAAUAUUCUUCACGGCGCUGCUGUUUCUGUUGCCCACAAACCUUGUUUACUAUGUCGUAUUUGCAAGCCUUCGGUUUGCAAUCCAAUGCAUCAUGUUCUUGCUUACAUUGGCGCAAAGGAAACUGCUAUCGCUCCCGGUGGUCUAUAUCGUUAAAUGGUGCCUUGGACGAUACGUCAGCAGUGAUAAUUUCGAAGUGAUAUCGCUUGGAAAGGUGCGGAAUUCUUCAUCGCAAACUCAACCGGCUGCAGUGUUCUCAAUAAAGACGGUUCGCAGCGCAUUUCCUCGUUGGAUCGACAUAUCCAUUGCCAAAGAUACAUAAAAUGGUUUUUUGUACGCAUCAUUAAUUACGUAUAUUGUUAAUAACCAAUAAAAUAUGCUUUUAUUCCACA